AUGGCGCAGAGUAAAUCCACUGGUUCUUUUAUAAGUACUCCUGGUUUUUGUUCUGAUUGUGGGUCAAUUCUACCAUUGUUAGAAGAAAGAGGUGAUGUACGAUGUUACGCUUGCAAAAAAGUUUGGGGUCCCGAAGCUUUCGGAGAUAUGGAAAUGUCGUAUGUUAUUCACUUUAACAAAAAGAACGUUUAUGGUUCGUCAAAACAAAAGGAUGACAAAGAGGAAGAGGCAGAAGGUCCAGUCGUCGAAAGGAAAUGUCCUCAGUGUCAGAAUAACAAAAUGUCUUAUGCUACGUUGCAACUGAGAUCGGCAGAUGAAGGGCAGACAGUAUUUUACACAUGCACCAAGUGCAAGUAUGUUCUUUUGUUUUUUUUUUUUUUUUUUUUUUUUUGAAGUUAUUCUCUAGGAGGGAGGAAAUGUUUCUCACAGAAAAAGAAAGCUUUUUUUUCUAAAAAGAGAUUUAAUUUUCAGAUUCAAAGAAACAGAGAAUUCGUAA